UCGUCUUCUUCAUCGUUGCUGAGCCUGGUUGAGGGCUAAUCUCUACCUAUAGGGACGACAUCGGUCCACGUCGCCCUCCAUUCAGAUAUUUUCUCGCUGUCUCCUGCCCGCCUGCCCGCCCGAAGUUGCCCGCGAGACCCCGAUCCCACCGCAGAGUUCGUUCCCAGGCUGGCUUGCCCUCUAUCGCCCUUCGCUCUCUCUCGCUGGCUUCAUCUCUCUCUGGUCUUGUGGUCUUUCUGGAGUUUCUCGUGCACUUUCACAUGCACACACUCCCACUUCCAUUUGCCUGCACUCCCGUCUGGCUAGAUUUUUUGUUUGCCUUCCCUUCCAACAUCGCCGUUGAUACACCGAUUCUCCUACAACUCUCCUCGGCUGCCGCCAUUCGCCGCUUGUAUUGAAUCCCGUUGCUGUGCCGCUUCUGAGGCUUACUGCAGCGGAUUGGGUCGUUUUUAAUUCCAUAAAUUGGCUGCGUAGCCGUUCCUGUCUUCUGGUGUGUGUUGUGUUGUGUUGUGUUGUGUUUUGUUUCUUUUUUUCACUUCCUGUGUUAAGGUGAUUUCGGGUGGUGUUGCUGUGGAGCAGCGACGGAAUAGGAUUUGGUGGGUCGGAAUUGGCUGUGAGGAAAGUGAGUUCAGGACUAGACGGAGGAUUAGAUUGAUCCAGGCAUUUGUUUCCGGUGUUGUAGGUGAGGGAUUUUGGGGGAGAACCGAGCGGAAAAGGUCACGGCCUUGGUUAGGGGGACGCAUUCCCUGGAAGUUCCCUACUAAGUCGAUGGGAGCUGAAUUCUGCAAAGGUUAAGAAGAGUCAAUAGUUUCUGUGAAUGAUUUCCGUCAGAGUUUAGUACUAGGUGGGUGGCGUAGUAUAUCCAGGACACCAUGCAAUUGCCUGCGCAGCAGCAGAAUGAUAGUGCCGCCCUAGUUGCCACUGUGCCCCAUGGCUCCUCAAACGCCCUCAACGGUGGUGGUGACGCGCCGGCGAGCCCGUCUUCACCCGGGUCUCCUUCCAAGAAUGCUAUCGCUACGCGCGAGAAGCCAGACAAGGUGCUGCCGUGUCCUCGCUGCGAGUCCAUGAACACCAAGUUCUGCUACUACAACAAUUACAGUGUAACACAGCCCCGCCACUUCUGCAGGCAGUGUCAGCGCUACUGGACCGCGGGAGGGACGCUUCGCAAUGUGCCCGUUGGAGGAGGCUCGAGGAAAAAGAGUCGGCAUCCAAGGGGAAUUGCAGAACCCUACUUGCAACGCUCGGGUGCGUUUGGUGUGGCUAGUUCCGGGGAACAGAGCGCGAUGCAGAAUGUGGGGUUCCAGCAAAUGUUGACGCAGGAUAUGGUCGGGUUAAACUUCGCUCAGCUGCCAGGAUUUGGCCCUCAGAAUCCACAUCACUACUUGCCUUUCUCAAUGGACCACACCCAGGUUGCCUACGUACCCAUGACGAACAAGCCGCCUUGCCAGGAAGAUUUAUCGAACCUUCAUGCAAUGUAUGGAAACGCACCCAUGAGCGCUCCCACAGGGGGAUACUAUCUUGCACCUGAAUUGGGAGGUGAGAAUUCCGGCAACGCGGUGAAGCCCGAGUUCUGGGUCAACAACAUGGUUGCACCGCAGGUGCCGGUCCCGGGAAGCAAUCCUAACCAGACGGUUAACAGGAAUGGGUGUCUGGACUCAUCCAUGCUAUUGAAUUUGGGUCUCAACAAUCGACCAUCCGCUCAAGUGAGCGGCAACGGAAAGCCCGUAUGGGACCAGCAAGAUGUGAAGCGCCCUCUUUCGCAGCAGAAAAACGGAUCGCCGCCGCACGGUUCUAGCACCAUAGAGGAAGAGGGGAGCACUCCCACAAACGAGUACUCCAACAGCGGAUACGAGGAGGGCGACACUGUUUCCUCGAUGUGGAAUGACAUGCAACAUGACAUGGAUAACAUAUUCCAGUAAUGACGAUGUGGUGGAGUUUGUCAAGGCUCUUUGUUUUUCGGUCGCGGAAGUUGAGAGUUAGAGGUCCCGUGACGAUUCAUUCUUUGGAGGGAGCGAUACACCUGUAAAUUACACUUUUCUGUACAUUUCCCCCUUUUUAUAAUGUAGGUUUUGGGAUUUUCUUUGUUGCUGCUUUGCGGGAAGUUGUGAUCUAUUGAAUGUUCAAACACGGAUUUGUGAAUAGAGAACUGAGUUAGAGAACUGCGCCUUGAAGUCAUCUGAGUUAGUGGCAUUGACUAUUCAUGCGAUGCGGUCCUCUCUCCCCUUGUGAUCGGAUUGUGCAUGUAAUAUAUAUGGACUUUGUGUAAGCUUCAAGGUUAAA